GCUGGGUAGUGCGUGUACGCCCAGAACGUAGCACCCAUAGGCGGACGGGGUGCGGCUGCGCAGGGGCAGGAGUGGGCUCUGUACGCCAGUAACGUAGCGGGGAGUCGGGCACGCGGGCCUCCGCGACGCAGUUGGCGCAGCCGGCGUUGGUGAAUACACGAUUUGGUGCAGCCGGGCUUUGGUACCGAGCGGAGAGGAGAUGCACACGGCACUCGAGUGUGAGGAAAAAUAGAAAUGAAGGUACAUAUGCACACAAAAUUUUGCCUCAUCUGUUUGCUGACUUUUAUUUUCCACCAUUGCAACCAUUGCCAUGAAGGACAUGACCAUGGCUCUGAAGACCAUCACAGACACCAUUAUGGAGUAGCAGAAUCGGAGUCAAGCAAACUUCCAGUGCCAGAUGCGGAAAAUGAAAAAAAAUACUAUAUUGAAAAACUUUUUGACCGUUAUGGUGAAAAUGGAAGAUUAUCCUUUUUUGGUCUGGAGAAACUUUUGACAAACUUGGGCCUUGGAGAGAUCAAAGUCGUUGAGAUUAAUCAUGAGGAGCUUGGUCACGAUCAUGUCUCUCACCUAGAUAUUUUGGCAGUUCAGGAGGGAAAGCAUUUUCACUCACAUAACCACCAGCAUUCCCAUAAUCACUUAAAUUCAGAAAACCAAACUGUGACCAGCGUAUCAACAAAAAGAAACCAUAAGUGUGAUCCAGAGAAAGAGACAAUUGAAGUGUCUGUCAAAUCUGAUGAAAAACACACGCACGAUCGUAAUCAUCACCUGUGCCGUCACCAUUGUUUGCAUCAUCACCUUGAUCAUAACGCUACUCGCCAUCUUCCUAAUGAUUCCAGUACUCAGAGUGAGCGUGGGGAGCCCAGUCAUGGACCUUCAGCAGAGACCAAUAAAACACAGGAGCAGUCUGACAGUAAAGUACCAAAAGAAAAAAAGAGGGAGAGGAAAAGGAAGAAAAUUCAUGAAAAUUCUGAGGUCAAUACACCAGGCUUCCCCACUAACAGUGGUCAGGGUGCACGGUAUGAGCAUAAUCGGGUCCACAAACCUGAUCGUGUACAUAAUGCAGGUCAUUCUCAUGGCCAUCUUCCAGAACAUAAUGGUCAUGAUCCUGGCCAUGGACACCAAGUUUUUGAUCCCGAUAAUGAGGGUGAACUUCGACAUACGAGGAAGCGAGAAGCACCACAUAAUAAAAAAAGUGCAAUUUAUACAGCUGCUAGUCACAAAGAUCAUAAUGAAGAUGACCGCCAACAUGAGUGUUUGAAUGUCACUCAGUUGCUAAAAUACUAUGGACAUGGUGCCAAUGCUCCAAUCUCACCUGAUUUAUUCACAUGCCUUUGCCCUGCUUUGUUAUAUCAAAUUGACAGCAGACUUUGUAUUGAACAUUUUGAUAAACUUAUAGUUGAAGACAUAAACAAGGAUAAAAAUUUGGUUCCUGAAGAUAAGGGAAAUAUAGGGGCAUCAGCCUGGAUUUGUGGUAUCAUUUCUAUCACCGUCAUUAGCCUGCUUUCCUUGCUAGGCGUGAUCUUGGUUCCCAUCAUUAACCAAGGAUGCUUCAAAUUCCUUCUCACAUUCCUUGUUGCACUAGCUGUAGGAACGAUGAGUGGAGAUGCCCUUCUACAUCUACUGCCCCAUUCUCAGGGUGGACAUGAUCAUAGUCAUCAGCACGCACACGGGCAUGGACAUUCUCAUGGACACGAAUCUAAGAAGUUUUUGGAAGAAUAUGAUGCUGUAUUGAAAGGACUUGUUGCUCUUGGAGGCAUUUACUUGUUAUUUAUCAUUGAACACUGUAUUCGGAUGUUUAAGCACUACAAACAACAAAGAGGAAAACAGAAAUGGUUUAUGAAGCAGAGCACAGAAGAAUCAGCUAUUGGAAGAAAGCUUUCCGAUCAUAAGUUAAAUAAUACACCAGAUGCUGACUGGCUUCAGCUAAAGCCCCUUGCUGGAACUGAUGACUCAGUUAUUUCUGAAGAUAGACUGAAUGAAACUGAAUUGACAGAUCUAGAAGCCCAACAAGAAUCGCCUCCUAAAAAUUACCUUUGUGUGGAAGAGGAGAAAAUUAUGGACCAUUCUCAUAGUGAUGGAUUACAUGCCAUUCAUGAGCAUGAUCUCCAUGCUGCCUCACAUAACCACCAUGAGGAGAGUAAAACUGUGAUGAGGAAACAUAAUCAUCAGUGGCACCACAAACAUUCUCAUCAUUCUCAUGGUCCCUGUCAUUCUGGGUCAGAUCUGAAAGAGACAGGAAUAGCCAACAUAGCUUGGAUGGUAAUCAUGGGGGAUGGCAUCCACAACUUCAGUGAUGGGUUAGCCAUUGGAGCAGCAUUCAGCGCUGGAUUAACAGGAGGAAUCAGUACUUCCAUAGCUGUCUUCUGUCAUGAACUGCCACAUGAACUAGGUGAUUUUGCAGUACUUCUUAAAGCAGGGAUGACCGUGAAGCAGGCAAUUGUCUACAACCUCCUCUCUGCCAUGAUGGCUUACAUCGGCAUGCUCAUAGGCACGGCAGUUGGUCAGUAUGCCAACAACAUCACUCUCUGGAUCUUCGCCAUCACCGCAGGCAUGUUUCUCUACGUAGCCUUGGUGGAUAUGCUCCCAGAAAUGCUGCAUGGUGAUGGUGACAAUGAAGAGCAUGGCUUCUGUCCAGUGGGGCAGUUCAUUCUUCAGAAUUUAGGGUUGCUCUUUGGAUUUGCCAUCAUGCUGGUGAUUGCUCUCUUUGAAGACAAAAUUGUAUUUGACCUCCAGUUUUAACAUUCCUAGUAACCACAGUUGAUUAUAAGGAUGUUACCAUGCAGCUUUGCAGCUCUUCUUUGUACUGUAUGCACAUUGCUCAAAGAAAAGUCAGUGGCUUGCACUACUUACAAGUUCCAUAGAUUUGAGCCUAACCACUAAAGACUGGUGCUCAGUACUGUUUUCCCUGCAUGAAGGGAGCUUUUAAAAACAAAGCUUGUGAUUAAGGAAGGAGAAAAUGGGACUUCAUGAACCAAUGGUGAUGUAGGUUUGAUUAAGACUUUGUAAAAAAUAAUCAUAUAAAACACUAAAGUAGUCUCUUUAUUGAUAGAAACUUCUGUGGCUAUGCAGAAAUAGAAAUGGAACCAAAAAUCACUUAAACUUUAAAAAUAUUUUAAAUGGACUUUGGGCAGAUUUUUCUUUGUGCCGAAAAAUGAAUUGUAGGGUCCUUUAAUUCAGCUGUGUACAUACGAAUGGUAAUAGGGAUCAAUUUGACACCGCUUUGGAACUGCAUAAAGUAGACGCUAGAAGCUAGAGGAGGAAAGGUCAGGCUGCAUAGAGUAUGAAUUUAGCAUUGGGAAAAGCCCUUAUUCUUGAAUCUAGAGUUACUAUUUUUGUAUAUAUUUGCAUAGUGUUUAAACUUGCAGCCUAAACUACUGAAAUUUGUGAUUGUAUGUUUGUGUGAGCUUCAAUUUAAUGAAAGAUUCAUAAUGGUUCUUUGUAUUAAUAUUAUACUUGGUGUUUGGGUUUUUGUUUUUAUUUCAGACUUUAAUUUUGUUUUUGUUUUGGGUGUUUUGGUGGGCUUAGGGGACUGACGCAUGUGGUAAAAUAUUUUUGUUAAAAUUGUAACCCUCUAUGAAAUAUCAGCGCAAUGAAGAACCCAGAUAUGGUUUAACAGUUUUCCUACUUUAACAGUACUAACUAGUUAUUUGGGAAAUUCAAGUUCUAAAUGUACGCAUUGCUUUACCAGUGUAGCAUUGGAACCACGAGCACAUACUGUGGCUGGCAGUAAAGAGGUAAUGCAGAGAAUUUCAAGUUCACCAUGUCCACGGUUUGUCUAUGAGUAUCAGUACAGGUGACUACAAGGAUAAUCUCCACUGAUAUGUGGCUAUCAUGGUACCAAGUGAAGACGUAUUUAAAGAACACAGCUGAAAUCACUUGAUCAUUUUGUGCCAAGAUACGCUGUUGGUGCCUGGUAGGGAUUAGUCUUUUUUAGAUGCUCGGUUCUCUUACCAUAAUUGUGAAUGAUUUGUGAGAAGUGCAAGCCAUGUUUAUCCUGAAUUUUGACCUAAUAAUUUGUAGUACUAGUCAUAUGCAUGUAGCUUUCUGUUUACAUCUUGUGCCACAUGGUUUUCAUUUAUGCCAGGUAAAUUGUGGUUUUGAACUCUGUGCAGGCAGCCUUGUUUUAAUCUGCUUGGCAACCAGUGUAGCUGCUUUAAAAAUCUUACUCUUCAGAUAUUUAAGAGCCAAACUUUUUCCAUUCCAUUUAUACUCCAUUCAUUGAGUCAUCUUCCUUUCCCUAAUUUCUUUUCUCUAGCUCCAUGAACUUUAAACAACAACAACCAUCUCUUCCACCCUCAAACCAAACUGUUGUUGGAGAACAGCACAUGCAUUCAUGCCAAUGUGGUUUUUUCCCCCUAAUUUAUGCCUGAAUUUUGAAACAUUUUUGGCUUUGGGGCUCUCUCCAAAAGAAUUUUAUACCUAGAUUAUUUAUGACAUUGGUCACUGAAUUAGGACAGUCCUCAUCUCAUUGCUUGGCCCUUCAAGCAACCUAGCUAAAAGGUGCUGUUAUUUUAUUUCAUACUGCCAACUUCAAGUGAUUCAGAUAGCUUGCUUUCUGAACCAAGAUAUAUUUAUAGUUACAUUUUGGGGUUUUUAUACCCAAGGAAGUUUCUUCAUUCCAGCAUUCAAUCUGUUUAAUCUGUUUAAUUUUAAAACUUUUAUGAAAAGCAACAGCUGGAGUAUAUUCCCAGUCUUAAAUGCCUGAUUUAAAGCAAUAGGUCAUGCUGAAAUAUAUAAGAUUUUAUAUUUUCAAAAAUGGUCUUUAUUUCCUAGAUUCAACCAUCUAAGAGACUAUAACAGUUGCUGCUAGUAUUUUGUUAGGGUUCCACCAGUAUUUAGUUUUCACAUCAUUCUAAUGUAUAGUUUCAAGUCUUAAUAGACAAUCUGAAUUCCACUACAUUUCUGUUUGGCUCCAACAUUCCAUUUAACUUGACCAGUCUAAUUUAACAUGUGUUUGUUGGAGGUCAUUAAUGUUACUUGUACAAUGCUGUCACUGUGUGACAUCCAUAUGAAUUUUGGUGUAUAUCACAUUGCAUUCAAUCAGCUGUGAUUAUGCUUAGAAAUACUAUAGUAACUAGAUGCAGUGUGAAUUUUUUCCAUUAACAGUAAGUCAGUGGCUUAAAUGUGAUUAUGGUCCUGCAAGGUGAUACUUGCUAAAAUAUCUAAACUUUUUGUUGUAACUGAAUCAUUUUUUAAAAAUUUAUAAAGCUGGAAAUGAUCAAAUGCUGUUUUUUUCAUUGUCAACAGUGGUGUGUCAUUUUAUGUACGUUCCUAAUACUUAUGGAACUCUCCCAAAAUAAAGUUCUUCAAAAAGAGCAAA